ACUAUCUAGUGAACGAGCUAAACUUGGCAGCAACAACAUCAGCGGCCGUCAUGCAGAGAGCGAGUCGCCUGAAGCGGGAGCUGCAGCUCCUCAGCGCCGAGCCUCCUCCGGGACUCUCCUGCUGGCAGACCGAGGGACGCCUGGAUGAGCUGCGAGCCCAGAUCGUCGGAGGUGCAAGCACUCCAUAUGAAGGAGGCGUGUUCACGCUGGAAAUCAACAUACCUGAGAGGUAUCCGUUUGAACCUCCGAAGAUGCGCUUUCUGACGCCCAUCUAUCACCCCAACAUCGAUAACGCAGGACGCAUUUGUCUUGAUGCUCUGAAACUGCCACCAAAGGGAGCUUGGAGGCCAUCGCUCAAUAUUUCUACGGUGCUCACCUCCAUACAGUUACUGAUGACCGAACCAAACCCAGACGACCCGCUCAUGGCUGAUAUAUCCUCAGAAUUUAAAUACAACAAGGCGCUAUAUCUAGAAAAGGCGAAGAAAUGGACGGCGGAACAUGCAAUCCAGAAGAAUAAGGGAUCUGUGGAGACGGAAGAACAGGCUCCUGAGAACAAAAAUAAGAAAACCGCAUUGAAAAGAGAGGCGCUUACUGCACAGGAGAACUUAGAGGACACCAAGAAAGCUUGCAUGCAGUAGGACUUUGUUUUACAAAUUACUGAUUUUAAGUUUAUUGUACAGAUCAUUUCUGGGUUUUUUUUUUUUGUAUGAAUGUAUUAAAAUUAAUGUAAUAUUACUCUACGCCUACAUGUCCCUGUGUCCCUUGUUCAUUUGUCUUCUAGACAUACAUUUAUUUUUAAAGGGUUAGAGAGGCUCUGUUAUGCUAAACAAACAGCUUGUCACUUAAUGAGUCGGUCAGCUCGUCUUCAACAUCUUUUACUCUCUAAAGAAUACUCAUGACGCUUCCCAUACAUUCCUAUGGUAUCCUUAAACGGUGAUUGACAUCUCAAUGACAUCCCAGCUUGGUUCGACAGUCUGUUUAAUACUUAAGGGACCCUUUGGGAGCAGAAUGUAAAAU